UAUCAACAUCAGAUAUCACAACCAAUGGUCUAACUACUGAGGAGGAGACAACUGAAUUAGGAACAACUGAGGGAUUCACCUUAGAUAUAACAUCUACUGCUCUACCAACAUCAGAUAUCACCACCAAUGGUCUAACUACUGAGGAAGAGACAACGGAAUCAGGAACAACUGAGGGAAUCACCUCAGAUGUUACAUCAACUGCACCCUUAACAACAGAUAUCACCACCAAUGGUAUGACUACAGAGGAGGAGACAACUGAAGGAUUCACCUCAGCUGUUACAUCAACUUCGCUGUCAACAUCAGAUAUCACAACCAAUGGUCUAAUUACUGAGAAGGAGACAACGGAAUCAGGAACAACUAAGGGAUUCACCUCAGAUAUUACUUCAACUGGGCCGUCAACAUCAGAUAUCACCAUCAAUGGUUUAACUACUGAGGAGGAGACAACUGAAUUAGGAACAACUGAGGGAUUCACCUCAGAUAUGACAUCUACUGCCCUACCAACAUCAGAUAUCACCACAAAUGGUCUAACUACUGAGGAGGAGACAACAGAAUCGGGAACAACUGAGGGAAUCACCUCAGAUAUGACAUCUACUGCCCUACCAACAUCAGAUAUCACCACAAAUGGUAUGACUACUGAGGAGGAGACAACAGAAUCGGGAACAACUGAGGGAUUCACCUCAGAUAUGACAUCAACUGCACCCUUUACAACAGAUAUCACCACCAAUGGUCUGACUACUAAGGAGGAGACAACUGAAUCAGGAACAACAGACGAAUUUACCUCAGAUAUCACAUCUACUGCUCUACCAACAUCAGAUAUCACAACUAAUGGUCUGACUACUAAGGAGGAGACAACUGAAUCAGGAACAACAGACGGAUUUACCUCAGAUAUGACAUCUACUGCUCUACCAACAUCAGAUAUAACAACCAAUGGUUUAACUACUGAGAAGGAGACAACUGUAUCAGGAACAACUGAGGGAUUCACAUCAGAUAUAACAUCAACUGGGCCGUCAACCUCAGAUGUCACCACCAAUGGUCUAACUACUGAGGAGGAGACAACUGAAUCAGGAACAACUGAGGGAUUCACCUCAGAUAUGACAUCUACUUCUCUUCCAACAUCAGAUAUC